AUAAUCCAUCUUUAAAAUCAAUUGAAUUUGAUAUUAAAGACAAAUCAUAUCACAUUGAUUUUGGAAAAGAAAAUAUAGAAGAAACAAUACAUAAUGUUAGAGCAGUUGUACAAGCUUAUUUGCCUCGUGAAUGGGAAGUUGCUAAAGAAAAAAAAGAAAUUACACUUAAAAUGAAUACAAUUAUACCAAUAACAUUGGUAGAUAUAAAUAUAACAUUAUCUGAUGAUAUAAAUUCUGAAGUACAUAUUGACAAUAUUGAAAUUAUUAAUAAUGUACAACAAUCAGUUGGAAAAGGUGAUGGCAGAAAUGUAGGACAAAAAAUUAAUCAUGUUUUGGUUAUUUUUUCUCUUCUUAAUGAUAUUGAACAUAUAUUUCAUCCAGAAAAUCACUACACAAUACUUUUAUAUCCGG